AACCAACUACCGUAUUGAAACUAUUAGUUAGAAUGUCUAAUAAAAGAUUGAGUAUUCUGUGAUAAAAUCUAAAAUUUAGAUAACUAUUUAUUCAUUUAUAAAAUUCGCGAAAUAACCACAACCCUUCGGAUAAUAUUUUUGAGGUUAAGUUCUAAUUUCUAAUAAACUUUGAGGUGAAAUUCAGUGAAAUUAAAAUGCAGCACAUACACAGGACAGUUUCUAGAAUUAUACGAAAAAGUUUUUUAAUUGAAGCACAGUACAAUGGCUUAUCGAAAAGAAAAAUUCAUAAAUCUCAAGUUCUUAAAUGUGGAAUUGGUUUAACAUCAGGUAUAACAUUUAUGAAUAUUGCACCAACGAAACUGAUUAGUGAUGACAGUGAUGCAGUUGCCAGUAUAUAUGGCCUUCUUCGUUUUUUCAGAUCCUUAUCCGUUGGUUUGUGGAUAUCUGUAGAUUAUUAUUUCUCAAUGCUUGGUCUUAAUGAAAGCGAUCCAAACUACAAUAUUAUGAUGAGUAGGAUACACACUAGAGCCGCAAACCAAAUUCUGAAAGCAUGCUUAGAAAACGGAGGACCUUACAUAAAAUUAGGACAAGGUUUGGUUGCCAUGAGUCAUAUUUUACCAAAGGAAUAUAUAUCUACCUUGAAAAUCUUACAAGAUAAAUGUCUCAUAAGAGGCAAUGAGGAACUCGAGAAACUCUUUCAAGAAGAUUUUGGCAAAAGUACUUGUGAUUUAUUUCAGAAAUUUGAUCAUAUACCUAUUGCGGCUGCUAGUUUAGCCCAAGUUUAUAUGGCUGAAACACACAAUAAUGAACUAGUUGCUGUUAAAGUUCAGUACAUUGAUUUGAGAAAGAGAUUUUUAACAGAUGUAGCUACAGUGAAGUUCCUUUUAAAUAUAGCAGGCUGGAUGCAUCCCAACUUCAAUUUUAGUUGGAUUUUAGACGACUUGAAAGAUACACUUGAACAGGAAUUAGAUUUCAUUAAUGAAGGUCAAAAUUCAGAAAAAUGUGCCAAAGAUUUAGCUCAUUUGAAAUAUAUUCAUGUGCCCAAAGUAUAUUGGGAUCACUGCAGUAAGAGAGUUUUAGUGACAGAAUUCAUUCAAGGCAUUAAAAUAAGCGAUAUAGAAGAAUUGAAAAAACAUAAAUUAUCAUUAACGGAUAUUAAUAAUAAGUUAUUUGAGGCAUUUGGGCAUCAAAUUUUUCAAACUGGAUUUGUUCAUGCUGAUCCACAUUCUGGAAAUAUUCUAGUAAGAAAGAAAAAAAAUUCUGCCGAAUUAGUACUUUUGGACCAUGGUCUCUACCAACAGGUAUCAGAAGAGGAUCGAAAAGCACUUGCCCAUAUGUGGAAAGCUAUGGUUUUAAAUAAUCGUUCAGAAAUGCAGAAAUAUUCUGCAAUUUUGGGAGUUGAAGAUUAUCAAAUAUUUGCCGAAAUAUUGGCACAAGCACCUUUGAAAACCAAUAAUUUUCGUCUGAAACCAAAAUUAACUGAAGAAGAUAUGAAAGUUAUAACAGAUUUUGCAAGGAAAAGAUUUGACUCGAUCAUGUGUUGCUUGCAGACAAUGCCAUCAUCUCUGUUACUUGUUUUAAGGAAUUUGAAUACCAUAAGAGCAAUUUGUCAUGAUCAUGGUAAUCCAAUAGACAGGUACUCUGUACUUGCAAGAGCAGCCAUGAAAUCUACACAUAACUCAUAUAAUUUAAUCAAACAGGUAUCUCAUCUACCAGUUUGGACAUACUAUGAAUUCAAAUUAAUCACAAAUAGGUUUACUAUGUGGUUGAAGCAAAUAGUUAUGAAAAUGCUAGUGCAUAUGGGAUUAGCUCCAGAUAUUCAAAAACUUAUGAAGGAUUUUAUGUGAAGUUGUGAAUAGCUUCGAUUUGCUGCUCCAUAUAAGUUAAACUCUGGGCAAAAAAAAGUGUUUUUGUUGAUUUUUAAAAAUCGCGAAACUUACAUAAAGAAAUUCAUAAUCCUCUUGUUAAAAAAUUUACUUACCUGGUGGUUGCUGAGCAGAUUUUGAUUUUUUGUUGUGAAGGUUUAGGGAAAAUGUAGUAUUAGUUGUUUCAUAAUUUACUGAAUAGGAUUCAGUACCUAACACUAAUAUUCAGUUUGAAUAUGAUUCAUAAAGAAAUUACAAUGCACUUUUUUUUAGUUUUAUAUUUCACAUAAUAAAACUAAAUAUUCAGGAGGAUUUUGAAAUUUUUUCGAAUUCAAAGACUUAAAUGGGCCUAAGACUAUUUAUUUUCACAUUCCAAUGAAACACGUGAUCAUAUGUUCAGAUGUGCAGUGUUUUCUUCAUUUUUAAAAUAUUAUUUUUGUUUACAUAACAAAUAUAUUUACUAUUGAUCAA